GUUACGGGUUUGUGGUGUGGGAGGUGAAAUCCGGGCUUUAAAAGCGCGAAUGCUCGAAAGAUGUUACAUCCGUUCACAAUUCAGUUUUGAACCUAAAGAGCGGGUCGCUGAGAUCGGAGAAACCUUUCUUCCAAACGCCAUCUCCAUCUCCUUCUUCAGAUCUUAAGAUAGAAAAUGGCAGAUGGUGAGGAUAUUCAGCCACUCGUCUGCGAUAAUGGAACAGGAAUGGUCAAAGCUGGAUUUGCGGGGGAUGAUGCUCCAAGGGCUGUGUUUCCCAGCAUCGUUGGUCGUCCCCGUCACACUGGAGUGAUGGUUGGCAUGGGCCAAAAAGAUGCAUAUGUUGGGGAUGAAGCUCAGUCCAAGAGAGGUAUAUUAACCCUGAAAUAUCCCAUUGAGCACGGUAUUGUGAAUAACUGGGAUGACAUGGAGAAGAUCUGGCAUCACACCUUCUACAAUGAACUCCGUGUUGCUCCCGAGGAGCACCCAGUCCUGCUCACCGAAGCACCUCUCAACCCAAAAGCUAACCGUGAAAAAAUGACCCAAAUUAUGUUUGAGACCUUCAAUACCCCUGCCAUGUAUGUUGCCAUCCAGGCUGUUCUGUCCUUGUAUGCCAGUGGCCGUACAACUGGUAUCGUUCUAGACUCUGGAGAUGGUGUCAGCCAUACUGUCCCCAUUUAUGAGGGCUACGCUCUUCCUCAUGCCAUCCUCCGUCUUGACUUGGCAGGACGCGAUCUCACUGAUGCCUUGAUGAAGAUCCUUACAGAACGUGGCUAUUCAUUCACUACCACAGCUGAGCGAGAAAUUGUAAGGGAUGUAAAGGAAAAGCUGGCUUAUAUUGCCCUUGAUUAUGAGCAAGAGCUUGAAACAUCAAAAACUAGCUCCUCUGUUGAGAAGAGCUAUGAGUUACCUGAUGGACAGAUUAUCACCAUUGGCGCUGAGCGUUUCCGGUGCCCUGAAGUUCUCUUCCAGCCAUCCAUGAUCGGAAUGGAAGCUGCUGGCAUUCAUGAGACGACUUACAAUUCAAUCAUGAAGUGUGAUGUUGACAUUAGGAAGGACUUGUAUGGCAACAUCGUUCUCAGUGGUGGUUCUACCAUGUUCCCUGGUAUUGCUGACAGAAUGAGCAAGGAAAUCUCAGCUUUGGCCCCUAGUAGCAUGAAGAUUAAGGUCGUUGCUCCACCUGAGAGAAAGUACAGUGUCUGGAUUGGUGGCUCUAUCUUGGCUUCUCUCAGCACUUUCCAACAGAUGUGGAUUGCAAAGGCUGAGUACGAUGAAGCUGGUCCAUCAAUUGUACACAGGAAAUGCUUCUAGUUUUAUAUUAUCAAAAUUUUGGGUUGUUAAAUCAGUUACUGAGUUGAUGACGGAGUAAAAUUCUUUGAUCA